AUGGGCAUUCCGCACCUCAUUACUACCCUGCAGCCUUUUGCUCAACAGGGCUUUCUCAAAGACGAAGCUAUUGUCAUAGACGGGCCAGCCUUUGCGUACCACAUUCUUGAGAUAUGUAGGCGUAAUGGGAUAACGCAGCCGAGCUAUGCUGUCCUGGGCUGCACGGCGGUGCGGUGGCUGAGCGAGCUAUCGAUGCACAGCUUUAUAGACGGCAUCUACUUUGACGGCUAUCUACCCAAGUCCAAAAUUGAUGUCCGUAUGGAGAGAAUGGUCAAGGCAACCAGCCAGCUCAACCAAUUCCAUGCAGCCUACCCGGAUGGCUGCCCAGAGCGUCAUUUACAAACGACCCGGGAGACGGCAGCCGUAGACUUGUUUGCGUUUCAAACAUCAGAUACAAGAAAACUACUCCCACCGCCGUUUCUUGUGCCAGCCAUCAUCGACGCCUUAAAAGCGAGCCAUCAGUACAGCAAGGUGUUGAGAAUAGUUCCCGGCGAGGCAGACACCUUUUGCGCCAGGCACCUGGCCCGAGCAAAAAAAGGCGUCGUUCUGACGUCAGACUCUGACCUACUGGUCCACGACCUGGCGGGCGGCCGCGUUGUUUUCUUCCGCGACAUCUACUUGUCUCAGGGUAAAUGGAAGGCUCCCAUCUUCGAUCCGGAAGUCAUGUGCCGGAAUUUCAGCGACGGGAUUCGUCGGUUCGCCUACGAGCUGUCACUCUCGCCUCACUCAACAGUCCCGGAGCUGGCGCUUGCGUGCAGCCAGCCAAUGACGACGCGAUCCGAUGACUACAAGAUAUUCUGCCAGCAGUAUCAGAACGAGAUUUUUGACCAGAUUGAGAGCUACGGCCCUGAAUUAGAGUCAAUGGAUCCGCGAGUUUCUGAGGUGUCUAUCCAGAUGGGCCCCGUGUUUGAUGAACCAGUGGCCAAUAUAUAUCUCCCCGUCCUGGUGGAGAGCCCUAUGCGCGCCAGUGCCUGGGAAUCUAGCAUCUCGAUCCGUCAGUUGGCUUAUACGAUUUUGAAGUUUUGUAACCAGAGCACUACUUCAAUGGUGAACGAGUAUAGACGUGUGCAGACUCACCAGCAACAGGGCAAGCCGGCCCCCCUACUGCUCUUUGCUGAGAUACCUCACACCAUCACCGAGCUUAUCAGGCGUCUUAACUUGAUCAAAAUUGAGAGCAGAGGAAAAAUAGAGAUGACAGGAUUUGGGUUGAUGAAUUAUCUGUACAUCUGUGGAGACGGCGACGGGAAAUCACCAGUCACCCGUGUGGUCGUGCAGCAGCUACAAAAACAGCAGCAGCACUCACAAACAAAACUAGCCUGGGACAUGGUCCAUUUAACCGCCCAGCUACAAGCGUUCAACUACUCUCUCAGGAUACUCUGGCAGGUCCUACAACUUGUACCGGGGCCUCAGCACUGCUCGUGGAGUAAGGAAGCCGGAGAUCUUAAGCGCCAGCUGAAAGUUCUGCCACCCUUGACAGAGUUUCCAGAGGUACACGAGGUGGUAGAGUUUUUCAAUUGGCUUCCGGGAUCCGAGAUGAAGGAUGCAGUGCGCCGAUUUCUCAAAGUGCCCGAGCCCGAUGCGAAGACGCCGCCAUCUGAUGGUAAGAGGAAGAGGAGGCGCGGGCAAUUGGGACCACGAGAGAAACGGACGAAACAGCAGCAGUAUCAACGGCGACAGCAGCAGUAUGGGGGCAACAGGUUCAAUCAUCUUCCUGACGAAUGA